UUGGGCAGAUGACAAACGCACACCUCGGAGAAAUUUUCCCCACUCCCUUCCCCUCCUCCAGAGAUGAGCCUUCGCCGCUGCUGCUGCGCCGGAGCACCACCACGCCCCGGCAGCUAUCUCCACUCCCCACCACGACCGUUUGAUUUCUUCCUCCCUCCUCUCCCUCUUUCUCCCCUUCCUAUCAAACCCACCAGGGUUUUUCAAGGGUUUAAGCCCCAUCGCUCCCUCCCCCGUCGCCAGGCCCAGAAAACACCAGGCGCCGGCUCCCUCCACUCCACCCUCCGAGCCCUCGAAUCUGAACCCAUCGAGGACUUAGAUGACGAAGCCCUCGAUUCCCUCGUCGGCGAUCUCUCUCCCAAGGAGCUGACCGUCGUUCUCAAGCGGCAGAGGGAUUGGCGCCGAGCGCUUCGUGUAUUCAGGCGGAUAAGAUCCCGAAAAGACUACCUUGCGAACCCGAUUCACUACAACAUCGUGCUCCGGACCCUCGGCCGGGCUCGGCGGUGGGACGAGCUGCGGCUCUGCUGGAUUGACAUGGCGAAAGAUGGCGUCUUGCCCACCAACAACACCUAUGCCACCCUCAUCGACGCCUACGGGAAGGCGGGACUCGUAAAGGAGGCUCUUUUAUGGCUCAAGCACAUGAAAGCCAGGGGAAUUUCCCCAGAUGAAGUUAGCAUGAAUACCGUUGUCAGGAUUUUGAAGGAUUCCCGUCAGUUUGAUCAGGGGGAGAGGUUUUUCAGGGGAUGGUGUGACGGGAGAGUCGAAUUGGAUUGUCUUGAUAUCGAUUUCAAUGAGUCAGAUUCCAUCAGUCCGAAGCAUUUCCUUCUCACUGAGCUCUUCAAAUCUGGAGGGCGAGCCCCUGUUUCUAGUGUUGCUGUUGCUCUGAAGGAGGGUCCCCGAAAGCCACGGCUUGCUGCUACUUACAAUACUUUGAUCGAUUUGUAUGGCAAGGCGGGCAGGCUUAAGGAUGCUUCGGAUGCUUUUGCUGAGAUGUUGAGGUCAGGUAUUUCUCCCGAUACGAUCACCUUUAAUACCAUGAUAAAUAUUUGUGGGUCACAUGGGCAUUUGCGCGAGGCUGAGUCAUUGCUUGAUAAAAUGGAAGAGAGAAGAGUUCUUCCUGAUACCAAAACAUUCAACAUUUUUAUGUCAAUGUACGCUUCAGUGGGAAACACUGAGGUUGUGUUGACGUAUUAUAAUAAGAUUAGGGAGAUGGGUCUUUGUCAGGAUAUUGUGAGCCAUAGAAUAAUAUUGCAGCUAUUGUGUGAGAGGAAGAUGGUUCAAGAAGUAGAGAACGUAAUCGAUGAAAUGAUGGAACUGGGCGCCCAUGUAGAUGAGCAGUCGUUGCCUGUUGUUAUGAAGAUGUACAUUGAUGAAAGGUUGCUUGACAAGGCGAAUAUUUUUUUUGAAAAGCAUUGCAGCGGUGGAGGGAUUUCUUCCAAGAAUUACGCUGCCAUUAUGGAUGCUUAUGCUGAUAAGGGCUUGUGGAAGGAGGCUGAGGAUGUCUUCUUUGGGAAAAGAAAUAUUGGGUUUAAAAGGGAUGUAGUGGAGUACAAUGUGAUGAUAAAAGCUUAUGGUAGGGCAAAGCUAUAUGAUAAAGCUCUCUCUGUGUUUGAGCACAUGAGAAGUUGUGGGACUUGGCCGGAUGAAUGCACAUAUAACUCACUCAUUCAAAUGCUUGUUAGUGGUGAUUUGCUGGAAAGAGCAAGGGAAUUAUUGGCUAGAAUGAGAGAGGUGGGGUUCAAACCUAGAUGCGAGACCUUUUCUGCUGUCAUUGCAGGUUAUUCAAGGAAAAGUUUGAUUUCUGAAGCCAUUGAGGUCUACCAUUUAAUGAAGACCUCAGGUGUCGAACCAAAUGAAAUUGUCUAUGGCUCAUUAAUAGAUGCAUUUGCAGAGGCUGGGAAAGUUGAUGAAGCACUUCACUGUUAUAACUUGAUGGAAGAAUCUGGACUUAAUGUUAAUCAGAUAGUUCUUACAUCUGUGAUUAAGGCUUAUAGUACGAUUGGCUACUGGAGAGAAGCUCAGAAGCUGUAUGCAAAGAUGAAGAACAUGAAAGGUGGUCCAGAUAUAAUUGCCUCAAAUUGCAUGAUCAAUCUUUAUGCAGGUCUUGGGAUGGUGAGUGAAGCGAAAUUGAUUUUUGAUGACUUGAUAAGAAAUGGUCAGGCUGAUGGUGUUUCGUAUGCAACAAUGAUGUAUCUUUACAAGAGCAUGGGCAUGCUAGAUGAGGCAAAUGAUGUUGCUCAGGCAGUGCAGAAGUCAGGCUUGCUUACUGAUCCAGCUUCAUAUAACAGUGUAAUGGCUUCCUAUCUGGUCAAUGGGAAGCUAAGAGAAUGUGCUGAACUGUUACAUCAGAUGCUGGCACAAAGAAUAUUACCUGAUGCCUCAACAUUCAAAACACUAUUUACUGUGUUAAAGAAAGGAGGUAUCCCAUCUGAGGCAGUCUCCCAGCUAGAGUCAUCUUACAAUGAGGGAAGACCUUAUGCAAGGCAGGCAAUAAUUACCUCCUUGUUCUCAGUGGUAGGAUUGCAUGCAUUUGCACUAGAAUACUGUGAUGCCUUUGUCUCUGCUGAGGUUGCUCUUGACUCCUUUGCAUAUAAUGUUGCAAUUUAUGCAUAUAGUGCCUCAGGACAGGUUGAUAAAGCCUUGAAUCUGUUCAUGAGAAUGCAAGAUGAUGCACUGAAACCAGACCUUGUUACUUUCAUAUAUUUGGCUGGUUGUUAUGGGAAAGCAGGAAUGGUUGAAGGAUUAAGGCGCAUUUAUGGCCUACUGAAAUAUGGGGAAAUUGAGCCUAAUGAAUCUCUUUACAAGGCUCUUAUAGAUGCCUAUGAGGAUGCUGGCAAACAUGAUCUUGCGGAAAUGGUGGAUCAAGAGAUGAGAUUUAGCAUUCAUACAGAAAAGAGUGAUAAAUCAGAAAAUGAAAAUGAUUAAUUGCUUAUUUACUUUAUAUGCAAAACUACCUUGGAUUGUUAGGGUUGUACUAAAUUCACAAAUCUUGUAAUAUUUAGAAGCACUAUGCUAUUAAAGUCUUGUAAUGUACUAUAGCAUCUCACAUUUCAGUUUGAUUACAUUAUCUGCAAUAGGUGUGAAUAGUUAUUGUGAAGGUGAUACUGAUGUGCUAGUUUUUGAAAGAUUGAGCAUUAUGGGCAUCUUGCCUUGACGAUCUAUGAAGUGGAAAAGACAAAUCUGUAUUUAAGUUAUUUAGCUAUGAUAUCGGUCUGUAGUGCUUUUCUGCUCAA